AUGCGCCUCUUUCUCCUGCCCCUCACCACCUCCCGGACUCUGCUCUACUGCCAACGCGUCAAUGUCGCAACCGCGAAGCUGAGCCUGGCGGACAAGGCGACGAACCGCGCCGCCAAACUAUGGGCCGGAUGGGAAAGUCACGAAAAGGGAUGGCAGAAGACUGUCGUCAACUACGGAAACUAUCUUCUCAGGAGGAUACCAUACCAGGAAUGGGGCCUCAAAUCAAUCCCUCCUCUGUCGGCACGGCGGAAAUACCAGGAGCUUCAGGGGGACAAGGUUGAGGUCGUCUUCCCAGGAUCCAUCAUGCCUCCGGACUCUGUCGACUCGGUUUUGGCCAAAUUAGCCACAGAAAGAACCGCCCUCCACAAGAACAGGCUCGUGUGGUGCUUCGUCGGAAUGCCCAUCACCAUACCCUUUAUUCUGGUGCCAGUGAUUCCCAACUUCCCGUUUUUCUAUCUCGCCUACCGCGCUUGGUCGCAUUGGCGCGCCAUAGCGGGUGGCGCUCACAUCGAGUUCCUCCGCAAAAACAAACUCAUCAACUUGGCCCCUUCCAGCCUCUUGGACAGCAUAUACUCCCCCUUGACCUCGACGCUAGACAAGCAGCAGAAAGAGACGUUGAGCGCUGCGCAGAGCUCCGAGGAAGAAGCGUCCGGCUCACCCGACGUUGGAGAAAAAGUACUCCUCUCGCACAACGACGGGACCAGGAUUGCUGAGACCCUCGAUCUGCCCGAGCUCAAGAUCGAAAUGGAGAGGGCCAUUUGGCAGGUCAAUCAUGACCCAAAUGGGACAUCGCAAGACAACAGCCGCCGUUCUGAACCGGCCUCGACCACGGACACAACUUCCCAGAUGUCAAAGGACGACGGGAAGAAGUGA